GGCCGGGAUCGGGGCCGGGAUGUUCCGCAUCGAGGGGCUCGGGCCCAAGAUGGACCCCGAGGAGCUGCGGCGGAAGAUGCGCCGCGACGUGCUCGCCUCUGUCCGCAACUUCCUCAUCUACGUCGCGCUGCUGCGGAUCACGCCGUUCAUCCUGAAGAAGCUGGACAGUAUCUGACCCCGCGGACCCGGCCCCGCAGCUGCUCCCCCGGGCCAGAGGCGGUGCCGGCGGGACCCGGACAGCCCGGCGUUCCCAGGAUGUCCCGUUCAGCACAGUCCGAGGAGGGGCAGGUGCCUGCUGUCCGUGCGGGUGAAUGCCGGGCACAGAGGGGGCCCUGCGGCGAUCCAGCAGCGCCCUGUGCCGAGCGUUCCCCGCGCAGCGCGAGCAAAGCCCGUCCCUGUCCCGAUGGACGUGCCCCGUGCUGGCAGGGACCCCGCGCCGGGACCGGCUGUGCUGGGCCUGCCCCCCUCACCCCGCACCGUGUCACACCCCGUCCCCGCCGAGCCCAGCGCAGAGCAGUCUGUUUGAAAUAAACGGGAGAGCAGCUGUGUC